CUUGACUAGAUACAAUCAACCACCAUGAAGCUUCUGGUUGUGUCAGUGUUAGUGGCAGCAGCGUCAGCAGCGCUCCAGUCUUAUUCUGCCCCUGAGGCUGGACAAGCUGGACACUCUGGUGUUCCACUCCCAGCAGCGGUUGGACAUUCUGCUGGUGCUGGACACUCUGCCGGUGCUGGUCUUUCAGUUGGUGCCGGGCACUCAGCUGGUGCUGGACUUGGUGUUGGUGCCGGACACUCUGCUGGUGCUGGACUUGGUGUUGGUGCCGGACACUCUGCUGGUGCUGGCUUUGCAGCAGGAUGCAGGGAUGGUGAAGUCCUCCACGUAGAUGGUACUUGUGUCACCCCAGAAAUUAAUCGAAAGGUGUACGUCUUCAAUGUUCCUGAACAACCCAGGGAGCCCAGUGGCCCACCGCCAAGCAUUCCUCCUCCUCGUAUUGAUCAUAAUAUUCUCUUUGUAAAGCUACCAGAAGAAGGACCAGGACCUGAGCCCAUCGUUCUUCCUCCACCGAGGACAGAAAGCAUCGUGUACGUGCUCAACAAGAAGACUGAAGAGGGUCAGCGUGUGAUCGAAGUACCAGCUCAACCUCAGACCGAUCCUGAAGUUUACUUCGUCAACUAUCAAGACGGAGAAAAUCCGACUCUUCCCAUUGGUGUAGAUCUCGAGACUGCCCUCAGUGCAGCUGCUGCAACAAGCGGUCAAGUCCUCGGAGUUACCGGAGGCCUUGGUGGAGCUGCAGGUACUGUAGGAGGCCAUGGUGGAAUUGGUGGAGCCGCAGGUGCUGCCGGAGGUCAUUUUAACGGAGGCUUCGUGAUUGGAGAUGACAGCGAUGAGCUUACCAGCGGAUUUGGUAGCGGGACUGCUGGUCCAUCGACGCUAUAUAGAACUCCAUGAACACAUAAAUAAAACAAGCUUCGCUCAACAAAGAAACUCGCAUAAUGUUGUUAAUAAAUGUAAAUGUUC